GUCCUAUUUGAUAUAAAUAUACUUUUUCUUUGCCAGAAUGUUACUUUCAGUCCUGACUUGCAAGCAAAAGAAAACGACUUGACAAAAUGGAUAUUCUACAGAGUCUAGUGUGUCUUAUAAUUUACCUGAAUGUGGGACAAGUCUCUGCUGAUAGUAAUAUUCUAGAGAAAUCUAUUUUGGACGGAAGUACGACGUCGGAAGGAAAGGUGUCCAGUAUUUUACGGGAUAUCCUGAACCAGGAGAGCCUAGUGAGGUUUUCUAUGGUUCAGAGAAUGCAAAACUUAGUAAUGGACGUUAUAGAGAGCAAAAAUAAUUCUCAGGUGGUGAAGCAUAAAAUGAAAAUUUUAACAAAGGAGUUAAAGGAUCUAGAGACAAGAGACAACGGUAUGGAAACAGAGGUUACAAAACUAAAACAGAUGUUUAACGCAUUGAAUGAGACAGUAAGAAGUAACCAAGAUCGGACUAUUGACACAAUUCAAGAGUUAAAGGAUGGGGAAUUAGUGUCAAUAACAAAUAAGGCUUCAGUUCUCCAGAAAGAAAGUCAAGAAUUACUGGUGGAAAACAGAAAAAUAAAGCAGCAGUUGGAGAUGCAGAACAAAACCAUUUCAUUGUUAAACGUUUCUUACAAUGUUUUACAGGAAGAAAUUAAGCAAAUUAAAAAUAGAGAACUGGAUGUCGGAAAUAAAUCCAAAAUAUUUUCAACAGAUAAUGAAUUAUUUAGAGAACAACUAAAUGACGUAAGAAAUACUCUAAGAGAACUCAAAGGUUCCUUAUAUAAGGGACGGUUUCAAAAGAUGGAAAAUAGUUUUAGGGACUACUCAAUAUCAAUCAAUGAGACCCUGGAUGGAUUACUCGAGGAUCAUAGAGUUCUUAAUCAACAGGUUUUGAACGUUUCUUCUUCUCUGUCUAAUGUUGAAUUAAUAUUGCAACCGAAAUCAUGCUACAAUGUCCUUGAACAAAACAAAUCAUUGAAAGGAAAAGAUGGCGUAUAUAAGAUUUCGAUUAAUUCUGACAUCACUUCCGUCUUUUGUGACAUGACCACGGAUGGAGGCGGAUGGACGGUUAUACAGAAAAGAAUAGACGGAUCAACUGAUUUCUAUCGAACUUGGGAAGAAUAUAAAAAAGGUUUUGGGGAUCCAAAGAACAACUACUGGAUUGGGAAUGAUGCAAUCCAUGUAUUAACCAAAGAUCAGGACCAGGAACUGCGAAUAGAUCUCCAGAGAUUUAAUGGGGACACAGCGUAUGCUGAAUAUUCCACGUUUUAUAUCGGAAACGAGGCUGAUAAAUACCGACUCACAGUAUCCGGAUACACGGGAACUGCAGGUAAAAGUAUUCAUUUACAUAACAAUGGAAUGGCAUUUUCAACAAAAGACCGGGAUAACCACAGGUAUAGUGGUAACUGUGCUGUAUCAUAUCACGGAGCCUGGUGGUACAACAACUGUCACCACUCAAACCUGAACGGGCUGUAUGGACAGUCUGGUGAUUCUGGUGGUCAAUACCCAGUAUGGUGGCACUGGAAACGUAAAGAAGAAGCAUUAAAACAGACUCUGAUGAUGAUCAGACACAAGAACUGAAUCAGAUUGUUAUCAAUUAUAACGAUUGCUAUCAUUGUUAUUUUUUCUGUUUAUAGUACUUGUAUCAGCAACACGUUUUCAUUACAUAU